AUGGCCAAUUCGUCCUACGUCGACUUUGUGGAGCAUUGUGUGUAUCGCAACCCAUGCAUAUCGGGACUUUCGCAGCACCUCAAGAAGCCAGCAAAUAGCCCAAGUCGGAUCUUCUUUAUUGAUUUCCCAGCAGAUCAGGCCUUACAAGGGUCCUCAAAACCAAUAUCAGCAACAGAGCAGCAGUGUGUACAACUAACAACUACCAUUCCUGCAAACGUCACGCGGCUUCUAUUCAUCGAGAAUAUUACUCCCGCUAUUAUCAAGCAGAUUGGACCGUCUUUAGACAUCGAUCCAUUGUUCUUUUCCGAUUAUGUUAUCACAGACUUCAAGGAUUUAGAAAAGCAACCACCACCGCCAGCGCUUGCGAUUCUGCCGUCUCUAAUCUCUGAAAAGCCCUACCUGCAUCUACAUUACCAACAUAUACUGAGCUUGGGCAGUUCUGAGCUCUUUAAAGACAGUUCAUAUGCGCUGAAGACCGACUCAAACGUUCCUCGAAAUGUUCGCCGUCUGGCCCCGUUGUCAGGUACACAGCUGGCUCUAGCUCGUGCAAGCUGUUCUAUCUUCUUCAAAUCCACCGGAAGCUCCUCCAUUGGCUUGUUCCUCGUUGACCGUCCUAUCAGCUAUGUGCUCGAGGCCUCUGGGCCAAAGCAAAAUCUAGGAUAUCAGGCCAAAGCCCUGUACUCAGGGUUUGAGGACUUUCAACCAUCGCCGCCCUUCUCGUAUUUCGCAGGUGGCCAGACAGAUUGUGGUUGGGACAAGACGUUGAUGCUUGACAGUCUAGUUCACUACUUCUCUACACAGCGGCUCCUUGGUCAACCCAGCAUUCUUAGUCUCAGCUACUAUCCUAUACGGAUUGUUCUUUCAGAGUGGAACUUAUACACCCACUUGACAAGUCGUUUCUCCAAGUACUACGAGUACUCUCUUCGGAAUAUGGAAGCCCGACUACAUGACGAGGAUCUAGUCGACCUUCAACGAUGGCGCCGUCGCUGCAAGCAAAGCCGGCAUAAACUGUGGCUUCUUUCAGAGUAUGUGAGCCGGUGGGGAGAGCAUGAAAGUGAUACACAUAAAUGGAUUUCAGUUCAAAAGGAUAUAAAUUAUCUUCGAGAGCAACUGCAGGACUAUGGUCAAUCUCUUGAACAGAUGGUCUCCAUAGCCACGUCUAUGGUCCAACUCCUCGAUUCACGCCGCUCUAUUAUCGAGGCUGUCAGCGUUAGGCGCCUGACCUACAUAGCGUUGAUUUUCAUUCCUUUGGCUUGGGUUGCGAGCCUGUUCAGUAUGUCUGAAGAGUUCUUACCUGGCAAUGAACACUUCUGGGCUUACUUUGCAGUUGCACUGCCCGUGUUAGGUCUAGUUCUUUUUCUGUCGUCGCUUCGAUAUAAGAGACUCAUGCAUGUGAUAAGAAGGUAUUGGGCCAGACUCUAG